CGCAUCACUUCCGGAUUAAGAAAGCAACAUGGCGGCGCCCAUAUCCCUACAUCUGGAGUUUGGGGGCGGAGCAGAGCUACUGUUUGAUGGGGUCAAGGAUCAUCAUGUGACUUUGCCCAGCCAAUCGGAGUCCUGGGACAUGAAGCAGCUGCUGGUGUGGAUCCAGAGGAACAUGCUAAAGGAACGGCCAGAGCUCUUUGUGCAGGGGGACACUGUGAGGCCAGGAAUACUGGUGCUCAUCAACGAUGCAGACUGGGAGCUGAUGGGUGAAUUGGAGUACCAGCUUCAGGACCAAGAUAAUGUGGUCUUCAUCUCUACUCUGCAUGGAGGAUAACACGCCCCCCCCCCCCCAAAUAAAAACAGACUGUGGACGCUAUCAGAGGAUCCCCAACCCCCACCCUGGGCCAGCUCCGUCUCCCCUCUCCGCCUCGUGUCGUUCAUCAAGGCCGAAACACACACACACACCGCCCCCCAUGGAUGCCCAAUGCUGAUUCAGUGAUCCAAUGCUACACUGAAAGGUUCUGAUGGGUUUCUCACCCUGACUGGUGACCUUCAGCCGCGAGGGGUGUGGGGUGUAUGUUCAUUGUGUGUGUGUGUGUGUGUGUGUGUGUGUGUGUGUGUGUGUGUAUGUGUGUGUGUGUGUGUGUGUGUGUGUGUGUGUGUGUGUGUGUGUGAGAGAAGACCCUUUGGAGACACAGAUGCUUGACCAGCGUCCUAUCAGGCCUGGACACCUGAGUCCAGAGUGUGUUGAUCUGAUUGUGUGUGUGUGUGAGAGUGAGUGGAUGGACAGAGGUCGGUCUGUCUAGACAGUGUGCAGAUGGACCUUUGAGACACAUGCAGAGGUCAACCCUUAGGACCAUGGUCUGUGCGUGCUCGUUUUUGUUCGUUAUGCCAAAUCUAAUUUUAUACUGUUGUAGCCUAUGUGUCAUUAAUCAAAUGAAACUGUCUGCUUCAAUAUUUUAUGUGCUAAAAAUAGGAUGAUUUGAUAUUGUGUUUAAAUUAAAUGUUACUUUUUUUGCCAAGAA